UGCACAUCAAAGGCCAAUCGGGCUCCAUAACAAUUUCUUUUGGGUUAUGUCGUAAUUUUGCUUGUUUUUGUCUUUCUCUAAAUUAACUUAAAAGUAUUUACUUUACUAAAAACAAUGAAUUCGUUAGUGCGGCAGAUGAUGCGUUUCAGUCUUACACAACAAAAUCUGUUGCAAGGUUCGUGUAAACUGCUACUCGCCGCAACUAACAGCCUGCACACUUCCGACGCGCUAAACUCUAAUUGGAAUAAAGCAAAUUACGGACCACGCAAGUGGCUGCAGUACAAUAAAGUAGUCCAUCCACCACAAAAGCCAGAUGAAGAGCCACGAAAGGCGUAUGUCUGCCAUUUGCGCACCAACAUUAAAUAUAGUCCAGAUAAAAUGUGGUAUAUCGCUUCGUUUGUGCGUGGCAUGUCCGUCGAUGAAGCCGUGAAGCAGUUAAGCUUCGUUUUGAAGAAAGGCGCCACACAUGUCAAGGAGGUGAUACAAGAAGCACAAGAAAUGGCUGUGCGCCAACACAAUGUGGAAUAUAAAAGCAAUUUAUGGAUUGCUGAAUCUUUUGUGGGCAAAGGACGUUAUUUCCGCGGUGUGCGCCGACAUGCGCGUGGACGUACGGGGAGGGUUGAAUACAAGCAUUGCCACUAUUUCGUGCGUUUGGAAGAGGGUGAGCCACCCAAGGACUAUUAUCUGCCUGUGCAAACACCUGAACAGCAGUUGGAAAAAUGGAUCGAGCAAAUGCGUAAACGCAAGAUCACGAAUUCCCUUUAGAAAUUUGUGCUUAAUUAAUGUAAUUUCAUUGUUGCAAUAAAGUGAAUUUUUAAUUAUAA